CUGGGAGAAGAAACCACGCCUCCACGCCGCGGUGGAUGCACUCAGGAUGUAUAAAUGAGGGUGCAAACGGAUGAAGAAGAACCAGAGGCAAACAGGACCAGAUGAAGAUGGAGAUGUCAAGGGUGAACUGGACUCUGGCAGCUGUGGGGAUUCUCCUGUGGAGCAGCGGAGGCUCUGCUGCGCCCAUGGAGUGCCACUUCGACUCAAGAGCUCUGUGUGUGUUUGAGGGAAGACAAUACUCUCUGGGUGACACCUGGAUGGACAACGCUUGCAUGCAGUGCACCUGUCUGCACCCGGUUGGAGUCGGCUGCUGUGAGACGGUGCAUCGGCCGGUGGACUUCCCCGCGUGGUGUCAGGUGCGUGUGGAGUCGGUGACCUGCAAACUGUCUCUGGUGCAGGCGGCCGACCCCCGGCUGCCCUGCCACCCCGGCAGAGACUUCAACGACCCGAGCCACGGAUCGCUUCAGCUGCAGCAGCAGCUCGAAGGGUAGAGAGCCACUCCAACCCAGUCAACCAUCUGUCUGAUCUGUGAAAACCAAUACUCACCCCAGUUAAAUACCAGUAACUACUUCUGAACAAAUAUAAAACAUUAACCGCAUGUGUAAGUUCCAGUGUUUGUAUCGUCAGAAAUGUGACAUUCGUCUGUGAAAGUAUAUUUAAAUGAAACUGCAGCAUUUUCCAGCAGAGAAAUUUAUGAAACAUAGGAACAAAUUAAGAUUGAAGUUUACUUUAGAUCAAAUGUUUUUCAGUAUAUAAUUUACAUUAGUUAUUAGAGUAGGUACAUUUUCUGCCAUUAGUGGCUCAAAGCUUCAGACCUAACUUCUGUCUUUAGAUACAGAGUGUGGGGAACUUGUGCUAAAGAUUGUCUGUAAAGAAAUCUGUUUUUAGGGAUUUUCACCUUAAGCCGAAUGUCGGAUCUUUAAUCAAUCCAAUAAUUACUUCUUGUAAAUAUAAACACAGUUUAUACACAUGCAUUAAUAUAUACAAACUCUGCUGAAGUGGACCUGUUCUCUGCUGUA